AUGGUAAAAUUUAUAUUACUACUUUAUGUUUUAUUUCAUAGUGGAGAAGCUAUAUUUUCAUUUUUAGAUAAAAAGUGGGAAGUUAAUGUUACAGGAAAAUUACUUUGUAAUGGAAAAGGUGUAGAGAAUGCUGUUAUCGAAAUAUUUGAUUUUCCACUUUUGGGUAAUAAUGUUAUGUUAGAUAGAAGAAUAUCCAAUAAAAAUGGAGAUUUUAAAAUGUUUGGUAAUAUUGAUAAGUUUCUUUCACCUAAACUAUAUAUAAAUAUUUAUGAUCAUUGUAACGUUAAAAAUACAUUUUGUUAUAAUAUAAGAAGAAUAAAUCUAUCAAUUAAAAAAAGUAUUGUUGGGAAAAAUAAAUAUGAAAAAAUGUGGAAACUUGGUACAAUUGAUUUAAAUAAACAUAGAUUUAAUAAAAAAAGUUUACAAUUUAAAAGUGAAGAACAUUGUGAUUCAAUUUUUCAAACUAUCCAUCAAAAUACAAAUCAUUUAAUAGUAUAA